AUGGCUGUCCUGGAGCACAGAGCGAGGAGCUGCCACGCCCACACCUUUAGCAUGGAGAGCAAAGAGUUCGUCCGCAUGCUGCUCCUCGACGGCUUCUAUGUGCUGCUCCGGUUCGGCCGCGCCGGCGCGCCGUCGUUACCGGCGGCUGCAGGCGGUGACAGGCGGCAGGACGUCGCGGUGGCGCAUGACGUGUUCUACCUAGCAGAGAACCAGAUACCGUUCUUCGUCAUCGACAAGAUCCACCAGCUGAUCACUUCGGACAAUGGCGUUUCUGCGGCGGCCACAAUCGCGGAGUACAUCCGGGAGCUCUUGAAGAUUCAUUACUCGGUGGCUACGCCGAGCUUGGCGGAGCCGGCAUGGCCAGGCAACCUGCUGCAUCUGCUGCACAUGCACUUCAAGCCCACUGUCGCCCCGCCGUCCACGUGCAGUGGAGACGCCACCGACGAGCCCGUCCGCUGGUGGCGCAGGGCGAUGGAGUACCACUUCGCCGGGGUCAAGUUCAAGGGCCGUCCCCUCGGCACGAAGGAGACCCAAUGCUUCCUGGAUGUCAAGCUUGACAGGAGCGGCCGCACGCUGGAGGUUCCCCACCUGGACAUCGACGCCGAGACGUUUCCCCUCCUGCGCAACCUGAUGGCGCUGGAGCAGCGAAACCCGGACGCGGCGGGGAGCCUCGUCACGGCGUACUGCGUCUUCAUGUCGCAGGUGGCGUGCAAGGCGGCGGACGUGGCGCUCCUCUCGAAGAGGGGCGUCGUCGCGCACGGCCUCGGCAACGACGGCGAGGUCGCCACCUUCUUCGCCGAUCUCUGCAAGGAUGUGGUGUUCACCGUGGAUGACCCGGCUUCCAAAUACCUGAGGGCCACGUGCCAGGAACUGGAGAAGCAGUUCCAGAGUAACUGGAGACGGUGGGCGGCGUGGCUACGGCAGAAAUACUUCAGCAACCCCUGGCUCACUGUCGGGCUAGCGGCAGCGGCGGUCGGCUAG